AUGGGGACUCCCAGGGCCCAGCAUCCGCCGCCUCCCCAGCUGCUGUUCCUAUUUCUGCUGAGCUGUCCCUGGAUUCAGGGUCUGCCCCUGAAGGAGGAGGAGGCAUUGCCGGAGCCUGGAAGUGAGACCCCCACAGUAGCCUCUGAGGCCUUGGCAGAGCUGCUCCAUGGGGCCCUGCUGAGGAAGGGCCCAGAGAUGGGCUACCUGCCGGGAUCUGAUCCAGACCCCACACUAGCAACCCCUCCAGUCGGCCAGACUCUUGCAGCACCCUUUCUGCCUCGGGCCACUGAGCCGGGCACAGGGCCUCUGACAACCGCCGUAACCCCUAAAGGGGGUAGGGGGGCAGGCCCCACCGCGCCAGAGCUGCUGACCCCGCCCCCAGGAACUACAGCCCCGCCCCUUUCCGGUCCCGCCUCCCCAGGCCCACCCCUGGGGCCCGAGGGAGGAGAAGAGGAGACCACGACCACCAUUAUCACCACGACAACUGUCACCACAACAGUGACCAGCCCAGUUCUGUGUAAUAACAACAUCUCCGAAGGCGAAGGGCAUGUGGAAUCCCCAGAUUUAGGGAGCGCAGCCAGCCGCAGCUUGGGGCUCCUGGACUGCACGUACAGUAUCCAUGUCUACCCUGGCUACGGCAUUGAGAUCCAGGUGCAGAGGCUGAACCUGUCUCGGGAGGAGGAACUUCUGGUGUUGGCUGGUGGGGGAUCUCCAGGUCUGGCCCCCCGACUCCUGGCUAACUCCUCCAUGCUGGGUGAAGGACAGGUCCUUCGGAGUCCCACCAACCGGCUGCUCCUGCACUUCCAGAGCCCACGGGUCCCCAGGGGUGCUGGCUUCAGGAUCCACUAUCAGGCUUACCUCUUGAGCUGCGGCUUCCCUCCCCGUCCAGCCCACGGGGACGUGAGUGUGACAGACCUUCACCCUGGAGGCACUGCCACCUUCCACUGUGAUUCGGGCUACCAGCUGCAGGGAGAGGAGACCCUCAUCUGCCUCAAUGGCACCCGGCCAGCCUGGAGCAGUGAGCCCCCCAGCUGUUUGGCAUCCUGUGGGGGCACCAUCCACAAUGCUACUCUUGGCCGCAUCGUGUCCCCUGAGCCUGGGGGAGCUGCAGGGCCCAACCUCACCUGCCGCUGGGUCAUUGAAGCAGCUGAGGGACGCCGGCUGCACCUGCACUUCGAGAGAGUCUCGCUGGAUGAGGACAAUGACCGGUUGAUGGUACGCUCAGGGGGCAGUCCCCUCUCACCAGUGAUCUAUGAUUCUGACAUGGAUGAUGUCCCGGAGCGGGGUCUCAUCAGUGAUGCCCAGUCCCUCUAUGUGGAGCUGCUUUCAGAGACACCUGCCAAUCCCCUGCUGCUAAGCCUCCGAUUUGAAGCCUUUGAGGAAGAUCGUUGCUUUGCCCCCUUCCUGGCACAUGGCAACGUCACCACCACGGACCCUGAGUACCGCCCAGGGGCACUGGCCACCUUCUCGUGCCUCCCAGGAUAUGCCCUGGAGCCCCCUGGCCCCCCCAAUGUCAUCGAAUGUGUGGAUCCUACAGAACCCCACUGGAAUGACACGGAGCCGGCCUGCAAGGCCAUGUGUGGAGGGGAGCUGUCAGAGCCAGCUGGUGUGGUCCUCUCUCCGGAUUGGCCCCAAAGCUAUAGCCCUGGCCAAGACUGUGUGUGGGGUCUGCAUGUCCAGGAAGAAAAACGCAUCUUGCUCCAAGUUGAGAUCUUGAAUGUGCGCGAAGGGGAUAUGCUGACGCUGUUCGAUGGGGACGGUCCCAGUGCCCGAGUCCUGGCCCAGCUGCGAGGGCCUCAACCGCGCCGCCGCCUCCUCUCCUCUGGGUCCGACCUCACGCUGCAGUUCCAGGCACCGCCCGGACCCCCCAACCCGGGCUUGGGCCAGGGUUUCGUGUUGCACUUCAAAGAAGUCCCUAGGAACGACACGUGCCCCGAGCUGCCGCCUCCGGAGUGGGGCUGGAGGACGGCCUCCCACGGGGACCUGAUCCGGGGCACAGUGCUUACUUAUCAAUGCGAGCCUGGUUAUGAGCUGCUCGGCUCCGACAUUCUCACCUGCCAAUGGGACCUGUCCUGGAGCGCAGCGCCGCCCGCCUGCCAAAAGAUCAUGACUUGUGCCGACCCGGGUGAGAUCACCAAUGGGCACCGCACCACCUCGGAUGCCGGCUUCCCGGUUGGCUCCCAUGUCCAAUACCGCUGUCUGCCCGGGUACAGCCUGGAGGGGGCGGCCGUGCUCACCUGCUACAGCCGGGACACGGGCACGCCCAAGUGGAGCGACCGGGUCCCCAAGUGCGCCUUGAAGUACGAGCCGUGCCUGAACCCUGGGGUGCCCGAGAACGGCUACCAGACACUAUACAAGCAUCACUACCAGGCUGGCGAGUCUCUGCGCUUCUUCUGCUAUGAGGGCUUUGAGCUCAUCGGCGAGGUCACCAUCACCUGUGUGCCCGGCCACCCCUCCCAGUGGACCAGCCAGCCUCCACUCUGCAAAGUGGCCUUUGAGGAGCUCCUGGACAACCGAAAACUGGAAGUGACCCAGACCACUGACCCGUCACGGCAGCUGGAGGGUGGGAACCUCGCCUUGGCCAUUCUGCUGCCCCUGGGUUUGGUCAUCAUCCUCGGCAGUGGCGUUUACAUAUACUACACCAAGCUACAGGGAAAAUCCCUCUUCGGCUUCUCGGGCUCCCAUUCCUACAGCCCCAUCACGGUGGAGUCAGACUUCAGCAAUCCACUGUAUGAAGCUGGGGAUACACGGGAGUAUGAAGUAUCCAUCUGA